UUGAGUGAAGCCGGAACGACGGGGGUCACGGCGGGGGUCAGAGGGUAAAGGUCUUGCUCCCAGCAGCCUCCGCGGUGGAUACGUCGCCAUCUUGGAUCCGCGGGACAAGAAAAUUCAUGCGAGGGAGAACUGGUGGGCGGUCCUUCCUGUGACACGACCCUUGAGUGACAGUUCUAUUUGAUUGCCUCCAGUACUGUGAGGAAAGGACACGACUCUAUGGUGAGGACUGAUGGACAUACAUUAUCUGAGAAAAGAAACUACCAGGUGACAAACAGCAUGUUUGGUGCUUCAAGAAAGAAGUUUGUAGAGGGGGUCGACAGUGACUACCAUGAUGAAAACAUGUACUACAGCCAGUCUUCUAUGUUUCCACAUCGGUCAGAAAAAGAUAUGCUGGCAUCACCAUCUACGUCAGGUCAGCUGUCUCAGUUUGGGGCAAGUUUAUACGGGCAACAAAGUGCACUAGGCCUUCCAAUGAGGGGGAUGAGCAACAAUACCCCUCAGUUAAAUCGCAGCUUAUCACAAGGCACUCAGUUACCGAGCCACGUCACGCCAACAACAGGGGUACCAACAAUGUCACUUCACACGCCUCCAUCUCCAAGCAGGGGUAUUUUGCCUAUGAAUCCUAGGAAUAUGAUGAACCACUCCCAGGUUGGUCAGGGCAUUGGAAUUCCUAGCAGGACAAAUAGCAUGAGCAGUUCAGGGUUAGGUAGCCCCAACAGAAGCUCGCCAAGCAUAAUAUGUAUGCCAAAGCAGCAGCCUUCUCGACAGCCUUUUACUGUGAACAGUAUGUCUGGAUUUGGAAUGAACAGGAAUCAGGCAUUUGGAAUGAAUAACUCCUUAUCAAGUAACAUUUUUAAUGGAACAGAUGGAAGCGAAAAUGUGACAGGAUUGGACCUUUCAGAUUUUCCAGCGUUAGCAGACCGAAACAGAAGAGAAGGAAGUGGUAACCCAACUCCAUUAAUAAACCCCUUGGCUGGAAGAGCUCCUUAUGUGGGAAUGGUAACAAAACCAGCAAAUGAGCAAUCCCAGGACUUCUCAAUACACAAUGAAGAUUUUCCAGCAUUACCUGGUUCCAGCUAUAAAGAUCCAACGUCAAGUAAUGAUGACAGUAAAUCUAAUUUGAAUACAUCUGGCAAGACAACUUCAAGUACAGAUGGACCCAAAUUCCCUGGAGAUAAAAGUUCAACAACGCAAAAUAAUAACCAGCAGAAAAAAGGGAUCCAGGUGUUACCUGAUGGUCGGGUUACUAACAUUCCUCAAGGGAUGGUGACGGACCAAUUUGGAAUGAUUGGCCUGUUAACAUUUAUCAGGGCAGCAGAGACAGACCCAGGAAUGGUACAUCUUGCAUUAGGAAGUGACUUAACAACAUUAGGCCUCAAUCUGAACUCUCCUGAAAAUCUUUACCCCAAAUUUGCAUCACCCUGGGCAUCUUCACCUUGUCGACCUCAAGACAUAGACUUCCAUGUUCCAUCUGAGUACUUAACGAACAUUCACAUUAGGGAUAAGCUGGCUGCAAUAAAACUUGGCCGAUACGGAGAAGACCUUCUCUUCUAUCUCUAUUACAUGAAUGGAGGAGACGUAUUACAACUUUUAGCUGCAGUAGAGCUUUUUAACCGUGAUUGGAGAUACCACAAAGAAGAACGAGUAUGGAUUACCAGGGCACCAGGCAUGGAGCCAACAAUGAAAACCAAUACAUAUGAGAGGGGAACAUAUUACUUCUUUGACUGUCUUAACUGGAGGAAAGUAGCUAAGGAGUUUCAUCUGGAAUACGACAAAUUAGAAGAGCGGCCUCACCUGCCAUCCACCUUCAACUACAACCCUGCUCAGCAAGCCUUCUAAACAAAGACUUCCCUUUUCUUGGGGUAUGGCUGUCUCAGCACAAUACUCGACAUAACUGCAGAACUGAUGUGGCUCAGGCACCCUGGUUUUAAUUCCUUGAGGAUCUGGCAAUUGGCUUAUGCAAAGGGUCACCAUUUGAGGUCCUGCCUUACUAAUUAUGUGCUGCCCAACAACUAAAUUUAUACUUUGUUUUUCUCUAGUUCGAGCAGGGUCUGAUUUUUUUCAUUUAUUUUCUUUUUUGCCAGCAGACAGACUUGGGUCUGUAAAGACAAGCAAGUACACUGACAGAAGUUUACCAUUUAGUUUCUAAAAUGUAAAAAAAAAAAACCCACAAAAGACUCCACAAAAUUAGACCACAAAAUUUGCAUUGUUCAUUGUAGCACUAUUGGUAAUAAAAUAACAAAUGUUUGUGCAUUUUUAUGUGAAGAUCCUUCUCGUAUUUCAUUUGGAAAGAUGAGCAAGGUCUGCUUCCUUCAUUUUACUUCCCCUUCUGUUUUUGAAAGGCAGUUUCGCCAAGCUUAACGCAAGAAUAUCUGACUGUUUAGAAGAAAGAUAUUGCCACAAUCUCUGGAUGGUUUCCAGGGUUGUGUUAUUACUGAGCUUCAUCUUUCCAGAAUGAGCAAAACACUGUCCAGUCUUUGUUACGAUUUUGUAAUAAAUGUGUACAUUUUUUUUAAAUUUUUGGACAUCACAUGAAUAAAGGUAUGUAUGUACGAAUGUGUAUAUAUUAUAUAUAUGACAUCUAUUUUGGAAAAUGUUUGCCCUGCUGUACCUCAUUUUUAGGAGGUGUGCAUGGAUGCAAUAUAUGAAAAUGGGACAUUCUGGAACUGCUGGUCAGGGGACUUUGUCGCCCUGUGCACUAAAGGGCCAGAUUUUCAGCAGCCAAGGACAUCCAUACCCAAGUGAAUGUGAUGGGACUUAACGAAGUGAACUGAGACAAUUCACUCUGGCUGUUUGAACAGCAGCGUUUCAUAGGAAGAGAAAAAAAGAUCAAUCUUGUAUUUUCUGACCACAUAAAGGCUUCUUCUCUUUGUAAUAAAGUAGAAAAGCUCUCCUCA